ACAUUCUGAUAUUGGUAACGGUGGAAAAUUAGAAUUGUGGAUGGGUGAAAAUGUGAGCGAUACUUGGGGAGUUGGCAAACACUUAAUAUAUCCGCCAAGCCUGAGUGAUGAGGUUGUUGAAACCGGGCUUCCCUUUGUUUCUAGCAUCGAGCCCGACCUCGUGGUUGACGAGGCUUUAGGGAAAAAGUAG